ACACCAUCUUGUCUAAGGCAAUUGAGGAAAGAAAGUAGAUAUGAAGGAGCUUAGUGGGAGAGCAGCUGGAAUCCUGAGACAAGACAAUAACUUCCGUUCAGAGCAGGUGAGGAAAUGAAAGACUGAGUAGGAGGCCCAAGGUGGAGGGAAGCAGACCUUCUUAGCUGCUGUUAGUGGCUUGUAGCGCAGAUCAUCUGCUGGUAGAAGGAAGUCAGAAUAUAUAUACAAAGGGGUAAGUCGGCUGAGAACAGAGAUCGGCAAACAGCUUUGCUGAGAGAAAGGAACAUCUGUGAAUGACAUGCUGUUUCUGCUGUUUCUACAGUUUCCGUUGCUAGCUGUUCUCCUCCCAGGUGGUGGCAAUGCAGACGCAGCCCCGGAACACGUCUCAUUCCAUGUUAUCCAGACUGCAUCAUUUGCCAACCAAUCCUGGGCGCAAUGUCAGGGCUCAGGAUGGCUGGACGAUUUGCAAACUCAUGGCUGGGAGCGUGAAUCAAACACAAUAACUUUCUUGCAUACCUGGGCCAAGGGCAACUUCAGCAAUGAGGAGUUCUUAUACCUAAACAGGUUAUUUCGUGUCUACAGCAUUAGAUUGGUGCAGGAUAUUCAAGCCCAUGCCAGUCAAUAUCCCACAGAAUAUCCCUUCGAAGUACAGAUGAACGCAGGCUGUGAGCUGCAUUCUGGAGAGAGCCCCAAAAGCUUCUUUCAGGUAGCUUUCAAAGGAGCAGAUUUACUGAAUUUCCAAAAUAUAACAUGGGUGCCAUCUCCAGACUGUGGGAGUUUGGCCCAAAGUGUCUGUGAUCUACUGAAUCAGUAUGAAGGCGUUAAGGAAACAGUAAAUACUCUCCUAAGAAGCACCUGCCCCCGAUUUCUCUUGGGCCUCCUGGAUUCAGGGAAGAUGUAUCUACAUAGGCAAGUGAGGCCAGAGGCCUGGCUGUCCAGUCGCCCCAGCCUUGGGUCUGGCCGGCUACUGCUGGCUUGUCAUGUCUCCGGCUUCUACCCAAAGCCUGUUUGGGUGACAUGGAUGCGAAAUGAACAAGAGCAACUGGGCACUGAAUAUGGUGAUAUUCUUCCUAAUGCUGAUGGGACAUGGUAUCUUCAGGUGACCCUGGAUGUGGCAUCUGAGGAGGCUGCUGGCCUGUCUUGUCGAGUGAGACACAGCAGUCUAGGAGGCCAGGACAUCAUCCUCUACUGGGGACACCACUUUUCCAUGAACUGGACUGCCUUGGUAGUAGUGAUGGUGACCUUGGUGAUUCUAAUAGUCCUUGUGUUAUGGUUUAAGAAGCACUGGUCAUAUCAGGACAUUCUAUGAGACUCUUCCCCCGACUCCCCCAUUGUAAUAAGAACCCAGCAGCUCAAGAGCCUAAGACAACAUAAUGAUGCCAUCCCUUCUACUCUCCAUUUAAAUUGUUUCUCUUUCUGCCUAAUAAACAUUUGUUAAUA